CAUGUGUGUAUCUAGAUUCUGCUAAGGCCUGCAAGGAACGCCGAGCAGGAAUCUACCACUUGGUUACGCGCCGAGUCGAUGCCCCCAUAGGACUUCCCGCGAGAGAAGCCAUGAUUCGCGCCUCAGCGCUCCUCCCCUCUCGCGGGAACCCCACUCACGGAAGCACCGCGACGGCGUUCCCGCGCAUGCGCGCUCUUUUGCCCGCGCCAGCCUCCACUUCCGCUUCCGCCGCUCCGCGCACGACGCUGUUGCGGGGAUUGGAUGCGGGCCUGCGCGGAAGCGGGAGCUGCGCGGGAGGCAGGCAGGGCGGCGGGCGUCGUGGGGUGCUUGCGCGGAUAAGCGGACCAUCGUCGGAAUUCGUACGGGCUAGGGGGAAUGGAAGCGGUAGUAUCGACUCUGCUGCUGCUGCUGGUGACUGCUGGCUCCGAGGUGUGGGCGUUACGUGGGGUGAAAGGGGUGCUUUUAGCGGGAGUGCUGCUAGUACUAGUCCCAGUGAUAGCCGCCAGCGGUUCUAUAACACCAAUGGAGGUAGCGGACGGUAUUCAUCCGUUACAGUCACAUGCUCUGCGGGAGGAUCGCCCUCGCUUGUAGCACCAGCAGCCACGUCAGAUUCACCCUCGCGCGUAUCGAUCCUCUUCGCCGCUGGCGGCACAGGCGGCCACGUGUACCCGGCCGUCGCCGUCGCCGACGCCGUCCGAUCCCGCGAUCCAACGGCCGAGAUCAACUUCGUCGGAACCAGGGAGCGCAUGGAAUGGACGGCUGUCCCUCGCGCAGGCUACCCGAUCCAUCCAAUCCCUGCCGUCUGUAUCCGCCGCCCGCUCCUCGCCUCUCUCACCAACCUCCUCCUCCCGAUCCGCUUUCUACACGCGCUCUUCCUCUGCGUUCUCCUAAUCUCGCGAUUAAAGCCUGACGUCGUAGUAGGCACGGGAGGGUACGUGUCCGCGCCCACGUGUCUAGCGGCUGUGAUCUGUCGCGUACCCCUCGUGCUUCAGGAGCAGAACGCGCACGCGGGAAUCGCGAACCGCCUGCUCGGCCGUUUCGCGACCGUCGUUUUCGUCGCCUUUGCCGUCGCCCAGCGGUUCUUUCCAACCAGGCGCUGCCACGUGGCGGGGAACCCCACGCGCGCGGUGCUGCGAGCGGUGAGGGAGGGGGGGGAAGCGAAGCGAGACGAGGCGAUUAAGUACUUCUUCCCCCGGGCAGCAGCAGCAGCAGUACCUGGGCGGAGAGCGCAGGUGGUGCUGGUUCUGGGGGGCUCGCUGGGCGCAGAGCCCGUCAAUAGAGCAGUAGCAGGAGCGCUGCAGCGGCUGCUCGAUGGGCGCAGCAGUGUGGAGUGCGGUGGUGAGGGGCUGGAUGGUGCGCAGGAUGGUGGGGAGAGGGGGAAGGGAAGCGAGGGAAGAGAGGGGGGGGAGAGGGGCGGGCAGAGCGAGGUGCAUGUGAUAUGGCAGGCCGGUGCAAGGCACGUGGAGGAGAUGAGAGCUCUUCCUCUGGCGUCUCAUCCCCGCGUCUCCCUCAUGCCCUUCAUAGAUCGAAUGGAGCUGGCGUAUGCAGCAGCGGAUGUGGUGGUGGCGCGUGCAGGCGCUGUCACGUGCUCGGAACUGCUCGCCACUGCCACGCCAUGCAUCCUGGUGCCAUCACCACAUGUGGCAGAGGACCAUCAGACGGUGAAUGCGCGUGCCAUGGUUGGUGCGGGAGCAGCCGUCAUGCUGCCACAGACCCAGCUGUCCCCAGACACCCUCCUCUCGGCUGUCACCUCACUGCUCGGGGACGACACAAGGCAGGAGACGAUGAGGGAGAGAGCAGAGGCUGCUGCCACUGCCGACGCUGCUGACGUCAUGGCCCAGGAGGUGCUCAGACUGGCGGAACAGCACAAAGCCACGCCUAGGUUCGCCGAGAGGGAUGGGUAGAAAUUUAAAGUACCGGUGUGCAUUGCACAGGUGGGUGCACCCAUUGGUUGGGUGCGCAGGACUGCUGCAAUGGUGUGUCAGUGGCGGGGAUUUCAAGCCUCGAGCGGCCCGGUUGAGUAUUGUGGGCAAUGGGUGCACCCACCAGUUCAAUGGUGCAAUGCAAGCCCUGUGCCAAGGCUAGUACCAGACAGCUGCCCUGGGGGAGGCUCUAGGUUACCCAUUGGAAAGGGCAUGGUGCGCGUGUCCAGAUGAUUGGGGCGGUGGAUGCAUGAUAUGUACCGGUAUGUCGAAUCAUGGUUUGGUGAAGUAUACUCGAGAGCUCAAUAUGGUUGUGCUAGUGGGAUCAUAUCUUGCAACCCACCCAUACAGCCGGUAGUGUCUGUGGUUUUGGUUGGGUUGGGCAGGUGCUGCUUGAUUGUUGUGUUGUGACCAUACAAUGAGACAAAGAGAGAAGCAUGAGUGUAACUUGGACACACACUACAGAGUUACUAUAAAAGCAGCAGCAGCAGCAGCAGCAGCAGCAGCAGCAGCAGCAGCAGGGCGGCAGGAGGAGAUCGAGAGCAAGUCGGGGAGAAGAGAGAGGUAGAGAGAGGAUAGGUGCGGCAGAAGGGGGAGGCACGCGGGAAGGGAGAGCAGUUUUGAGCAGUGGUUUACCGAGAGAGAGCGGAUAGGGGCGAGAGAGAGCCUAGACGAGGGAAGGGAGGUGUUGGAGGAUGGAGGAUAGGGGAGGAGGAGGAUCAUCGGAGGGAGGGAGAAGAGGAGAGGGAGGUCUUUGAUCGAAAGAUGGGAGAGGUGCAGGAGGAGGGUGAGGGCGGAAGGCAGCUGGCAUAGGUGCUGGCUGCUGGAGAGAACCAGAUGCCGCAGAGACAGCAGCGCCACCCCGCUGCAGGGCGCGCUGGGUACAGCAGUGGGUGCUGUAGGUACACUGGUGACAGUGACACCACUUGUCGCAUCCUCCCUCGCCCUGCCUGCAACCAGCACCGCCCCCUCUUCCCUUCCCAAUGCGCCUUCUUCUCCAACCUCGUCCAACCCUCUUCCACCCUCCUGCUGCCACUCCUCCCCAGUGCGGCAUUGCAAGGGCAGCUGCUUAAGGGCUUUGCUGUAGACA